UAGACAUUCUCUUUGCGUUAGAGUAAAAGUAUUCUGUGUCUUGUAUUUAUAAAUUUAGUAGCUUUUUGUUAUUUAUUAAAUUAUUACACUAAGCGGUUAUAAUUUAUAUUUUAUAAAUCAUAAAACACUUUUGUAAUAAAUAUAAGUUAAGUAAUGGCUAACGAUAGGGAGGUUUUACGCGAAAUAUGGGAUGGGAAACUUCCUGUAUGUUUUCAAUUGUACCAAGACGAAAUUAUGGAGAUUCAGCAACCAGAUCCUUUCUAUGUAAUGAUUCCUCGCCUUAGUUAUUUUCCUCUAGUAACCGAUAAAAUGAAAAGGCAUUUCUUGCGAUAUAUCUCACAAGAAAACGCUGAUAACGAAAUGUGGCUGGAUUAUAAUGGACAACCCCUGAAGUGGCACUUUCCUAUAGGUUUUUUAUUUGACUUAUAUUGUGGGAAUGAUGCUCAACUGCCUUGGAAUCUUACUGUUCAUUUUAGCAAAUUUCCUGAAAAUAUCCUUCUUCGCUGCCCUAACAAAGAUGUUGUAGAGGCCCACUAUAUAUCAACUGUUAAAGAAGCAGAUGUUCUAAAACAUAGAAGUCAGGUGAUGUCCACAAUGCAAAAGAAAGAUCAUAAUCAACUGUGGCUUGGCCUUCAAAAUGACAAAUUUGACCAAUUUUGGGCAAUCAACAGAAGGUUAAUGGAAUCUCACGGAGACAAUGAAGGAUUCAAACACAUUCCAAUAAGAAUAUAUUCGGAAGACGGCACAUGCAAUCAGUGCCUCAUAAGCCCCAGAAACUUGGAUGGAAGCCGUAAACUUGUUCAGCAAAUAAUUUCAGAGUUAUAUCCGGAUAAAAAUGAUGUGAAACUGCGUACUCAUGGUGUUAUAAUACCACCGGAUACACCACUUCAAUGGAUGUCUGAACACCUGAGCUAUCCAGAUAAUUUUUUACAUGUGUGUGUAGUGUGUUAGAGUACAUAAUAAUAUUGUAUUGUAUCUAGUCUCGCCAUAUUGUUACACGGAAAAUAUAUUUUUUUCUCUAUUGCAUAAAACAUUCACUACCGUUGUGUCUGUUAGUUUAUAAAUUAAUAAAAUAGCAUUCAAAUAUACAGUAUUGAUUGCAUUAUGCAAUCAAUACUGCAAUACAAUUUCAAUGUUAUUUUAUUAAUUAUGAAAUAAAUGAAAAUACAAGUCAUACUGGUCCACAGAACUAAAGUAAACUUAAGUAUUUAAUUAUUGUAUAAGCAAGCUCUUAACAAUUACGGAAGAAAUGAAAAUUGAUUUAAAUAUUUCAAUUGAAUUUUUAGAAAGUUCAAUCACUUGAAACAAUUCCGAAAGACAUUGACACAUAUUCCGAAAGCUCGCGUUAAACUGAAUCAACGAACACUCAAAAUGGCGAACAAAAUAAAGUUGUAAAUAGGGCAUACCCCACAAUUAUAGUUUAUCGAUACUUUUUUACACGCCCUUACCAACAACCUUAACAGGGCAUUAGAAACUGGUAUUUUGGUGUUAUUCGAAUUUUUUAAUAUUUUUAACAAUUAAUAAAUUAUUGAAUGGAUAAGCUUCUCUGGGAGUUUUCAAUGGGAACAAUAUAUUAUUUAAUAUGUGAGGAGUUCGAUAAAUUAGAUCUCAUCGUAACCUGUUGAUUUUGUAUCUCUUAAUGAUUUUAGUGCAGCUGCUUCGUGAUCGUGAGUGCAUGGCGUCAGAUAAAUAGAAUCAUUUACUGAUUUAACUUUUUUAUAGCAAAUAUCAGUGUGUAUUGUUAUAAUUGGGAGUCAGCAAUUUGUUGAGGCUUAUUUAUUAUACUUGUUUGUUUAUUCAUUUAUCGAUGUCAGCGGAGGGAAAUUUAUUGUCACUUUUGUUUUAGAUGAGGUCCCAAACAGCCAUAAACUUAUUUGAUGGUUUUCUUAUGUGUAAUUCACUAUCGUGGGGUUUUGCUCGCAAUAUCCAUAUUCUAAGAAGUUUACCGUAUUUUUUAAGUAACCGUUUUAGGUCAGGCCACUAAAUAUAAUAAUUUCGCAUUAGCUUCCUUUUUGUUACACACGAUACCAUUAGAUAUUUUGUAAUCCAUUUGGGGUUUUCUUAUAAUAUUAAUUUUUAUAACACAAAAGGAAAACAUAGGUUGAAGAAUAAUAGGUAGGUUUCAUGGAUUGAAUUGAACACUUCAUUGCAUUCAGUCUUGGUGAACGCUUCAAGAUAAUCUUGAAAUGCAGUCUAUAAAUUUAUGUAUAUUUUCUCUGGAAAAGUUAUUUCCGUUGUAGACUUAUUUAUAAUUUUCUAUCAUAUUUUCUCCAUUGGAAGGCGUGAGAUUUGGCAUGUAAUAUGAUAUGAAAGGUACAAGUGUUCUAACUUUUGACUUAGCUUCUUUAAUAUUACUCAUAUUAAAAAUGCUUAAUUUAAAAAUAUUAAUAAUUUAAACAAUUUUGUCUGGUCGGUUUAUCAUAAUGGAGUAUCAAAUUAUGGCAGUCCUUAAUUUGUUUGUACAUCUUAGUGUAUUUUGUUGCCUUUAUUAAAUCAAUAUUUAUAUCUCCACAAACAACAGUUUUAUUUUUCUUAUUGGUGAAUUUGUAUAAUAAUUACAAUUACAUCAAACAAUUACAAUUUGUCAAAAAAUUCAUUUAUAUCCAGAAUCAGGGAGUCAUCUAAAGGCAAAUAAUAUAACAUUUUGCUUUUAAAAGUUCAACUCACAGCAUUCAAAAACUUUUUCUGGAGCUAACUCGUUGCAAGCAGGCAGUGGUUUAAAUUCAACAAUUUUUUUUAAUAAGAUGGAAUCUUCACCUAUUUUCUCUUUUUGUCUGGAAAGGGAAGAUGCAAGCCUGAAACUUUUUAAAAGUAUAUUUGUUUCAUCUCCUAACUUUACAAAAUAUUCAGAAAGGCAUAGAACAUCCAUGUGCAGUCCUCGAACUCGUUGAGGGAAAUUUCUAAUUUAUUCAAAAGACCUGCUAUAUUCUAUUGGAAUAGAGAGUAGGCUAUCGGUGACUUAAGAUUCACAGCAGAGGAAAACCCCUGACUCUCAAGGCCUGUUGCUUUAAAUUAUGAAAAAUAAUAUGGUAUUGUUUUAACCUUGUCAAUUAUAUUUUUGUACAGGUGUAUGCCGAUGUUUUGAUAUCUUUUUCACAAAAUAUGGCGAUCACUCCUUGAUUAGGAUAUUCAAUUUUCCUGAUCUAUAUAUAUAUAUAUAGCCCUGGAAGAACAUCGUCAAUGUCGUAUAAUAUCAGCUUUGUAAUCUUCAUUCUAAUUAAGAAGCUUAUAUAGAGCCUAGAUCACAAAACAAUCUCGUCUUUAAAUAAAAAAUUUCUGUAGGUAUUAUUUUAUUUAUAUUAUACUAUUUAUUUCAAUUUAAUCAUAGUAUCCUUGUUAUAUUAUAAAUGUGAAAGUUUGUAUGUAUGUUUGACUUUAACGCAAAAUCUACUGAAUAGAUUUUGAUGAAACUUUACAAUAAUAUAGCUUACACAUCAGAAUAACAAAUAGGCUAUAAUUUAUAAAACUAUAGUGCGAAUUACACAAAAUAUAAAAGAAGUGUGAUUGUUACUAAUGAAUACAACUAGCGCCAUCUCUUAUCAACUAGCAAGCAAAAGAUCAAUACAAUUUAUAUGGCAAAACGUUUGCAGGGUCAUCUAGUUGUAUAUAUACACUGGCCUGCAAUUAAAUUUUUUUCUUAACUAUAGAAGGUAGAGAUUUAAGAUUAAAAACGUUUUGUUGCAAAUUGUAUAGGCUUUAAUUCUUAGAAACUAAAAUUAUACAUUAGUAACAUUUUUAACUUAAAAAAGAUAAAACAAUGAAAAUGGACAUUUUUAGUUUAGUGUAAAAAAAUUCAACUAAAAUGUAUUACAUGUUAUUUAAUUUUUAAUAAUUGGUAUUGCCUCCUCGAGCUCUGAUUACAGCUUCGAGCCGGUUUGACAUACUGAACACUAGGUUUCGGAGCCGAUGUUAAUAUUCUUCCAUUCUUCUACCAGGGCCUGCUUUAGUGCCCUGAGAGUAGUAGGUGGUGGUCUGCGAUUUCUGACUAGCCUCCCAAGCUCAUCCCAGGCGUGUUCAAUCGGGUUGAGAUCAGGACUUUUUGAUGGCCAAGCCAUCACGCUGAUACCGACCUCCUGAAUAUACCCUUGUACGAUAUGAGCCGUGUGUGGCCGGGCAUUAUCAUGCAUCAGCAUCGAUCCAUCACCCAUAUUUGCUAAAUACGGCCCUGCAUACUCAUUGAGAAUCUCUUUGAGCGUAUCUUUGCCCAGUGUGGGUGCCAUUUUCUAUGGCUACUAGCUCUGUGCGACCUUCUGAAGAUAUGCCAGCCCAUACAUAUACACUGCCUCCACCGUAUUGGACUCUUUCUGAGAUGCAGGCUUGAAGGUAUCGCUCACCAGGUCGCCUGUAAACACUUCGCCUUCCAUCAGAAGUGUAAAUGGAGAAUCGAGACUCAUCUGCAAACAAAAUUCUUGACCAUUCUUCUUCAUCCCACUGCAUGUGUUCACGGGCGUAUCGCAGCCUCGCUACUCGAUGCUGUCUCUCGAGUUUUGGGCCACUCGCUGGUCUUCGGGGUUUCAAAUUUGCUUCAGCAAGUCUUCUUCUCACUGUACUGCCACUAAUGUAGUCCCUCCGGGUCUGAAGUAGCUGUUGCUGGACUUCAACUGCAUUUUGGUGGAGAUUUCUUAACACAGUGGAAAUAAUAUAACGAUCUUCUCGGGCACUGGUACACCUGGGUCUGCUAUUACAAGGUCUCCUCAGAUGGUGUCCAGUCUCUUCGUACCUUCGCUUUACCUUCUGGACCGUUCGUACCGUCACACCCACCAUUCUUGCAGUGCGACGCAUACUGAUGCCUAGUUCCAGAAAAGCCAUGAUCCUAGCACAUUCUUCAACUGAAAGAGGAAUGAUAAAUAAAUGUUAUGUGCUUUUUAGCAUAAAUUUUUAAAACAAGACCCAUCGAUCUUGAAAAAAAUUUAAAACAGAAAGAAAAAUGUGAAUGGUAAAAUUGUAAUUCGGAAACGUCCACUUUGAAAAAGGAAUGGUUUUGUUUUUGAAGUUUUAUUUCAGCCAAUUCCUAAAAGAAGGUUACCGACUAUAAAGUUCUUAUGUACAAAAUUAAAUUCUCUCUGGAGUCCUUUUUAUUUCGAAAGUAUAUCUUGUGAACUUAAAACGUUAACCCAAUUUUAAGUGUGAUACUUACUUUUGAAGGCCAGUGUAGUUAUAAGAUUUUUUUUGUUUGAAUAAAUAUUUACGGUUUUUCUGUAUUCCCCCUUUUCUGAAGCUAGCAGUGAAUGUGUUAAGAAUUUGUUUUGAAUAUACCUUACUAUUUAUUUUUAAAUUAUCGGCCAAAUAAUGGCCAGUCUCUAUUAAGACCAAAUCCUAAGUCAUAUUUUAAAAAACGUGACAUGGUUUUAGAGUGUAGAUUUAAUAUUCAUUUCCUCAAAGCAUUUGCUUCCUGGCAGGAAUUUCGAAUUCUUUCCUUCACUGCUUUGAUAGGCUGUUUCAUAGAUUCACUUUAGGUUUUAGUGAUAGACGUGCCACUGAUGUUUUUAUUUUGUAAAAUCAGUGUACCCAGGCUAAGAGAUGGCGGUGUGUUAUUUUUACGCCCGUAGCGUACCGCCGCUAGAUGGUGCUCAUUAUGGUCAUACUAUUGUUGUAGACCUUAUUGAUUGCAUAUUGAUUAAUAUUAUAGUUAGUUAUUUAUUUGUGGAUGGAAAUUCAAAUUCGUGAGUUAUUGUUGGAAGGUUACCUUUACAAUAAGACUAGGCAUACACACAUACAAGAUAGUCAACUAUUGUUUUAAUAAGUAUCUUAAGUAAGUUUUUUGCUAUUACUAGUACUAUCAAUCCAGCAUGUAUGUAAAAUGAUUGCCAUCGUGAUGAAGUUGCAGCGUACCUAAAAAUAUAGAUGGCAGCAUUUUCAAUGCAAUUUUUUUUCAUGUGCCAAUGCAGGGAAAUUGCAACUCCCUUGGCUGUUUAGUACAAAUCCCUAAUACGUGGAGAACCAGAGUUUUUUCUGUCAAAAAUAAAUGCUGUUUCAAUGUACCUAUGUAUCACUAACCCAGAACAUAAACAUUAGAAUAAUACCAAACAUGUAUGUAGUUUCAUAGUUGUACAGUUUUUAGUUUUUGCUAUCACAAAAAUAUUUAAUGGCGCGCAAAUGAAAUAACAUUUUUUUAAAUAUUAUUUAUUUUAUUAUAUUUUCUCCUUUAGUGGGAAAGGCAAAGGCUGAGCCAUGCAGCCAUCGUCAAAAAAUACAUAGUGAAUAUUAAUGUUAGAAUGAGAGGUUCCAAAUCCAAACGUAAUAUAUUUUUUAAUUAUUAAGCAUUUAUGGCCAGACUAGUAAGUAUACUAAUAUUUAUUCACCAUUUUAUAUUGUAAAUUAUUAAAUACAACAUUGAUCUCGUU